AUGAGCCGCCGAGCAACGAGCCCCGAACACGACGGUCGAGGGCGCGCGAUGUGGGCGACUGGACGCGCCGUCGUGGAGGGUGGCAUUCGCUGCAGGGGAAGCAGUGCCCGCACGUACGAGCGAGCGGCGGGCACAACCUGGAUGAAGCUGUGCGGUGCGACCAUGGACGGAGCACCACCACCUCAGCAGCGCGAGACUGAACCACAGUGGAGGUUGGUCGGCGCAGCAGCCCGCCGGCCUGAGGCGGUGCAACCUAAAAACAGCACCCGCUGA